GGAUACAAGCCGGAAGUGUGCGAGGACGAAGGCGGAGGUUUGAGUGGCUGCGGGCGCGCGCUUCCGUCCGUGCGUCGACGUCGGCCGGCUGAAAAGGCGCCUCGGCAGGCUCUCCGGCCGUCACCUUGCGCACUUCCCCGGCUCCAAGGCCCUGAGUCGCGGCUCGUCGCACCUUUGGCCGUGACGACAUGAGCAACAAAGAAGGAUCUGGAGGGUUCAGGAAAAGGAAGCAUGACAAUUUCCCACAUAACCAGAGAAGAGAAGGGAAGGAUGUUAAUUCAUCUUCACCUGUGAUGUUGGCCUUCAAAUCAUUUCAGCAGGAACUUGAUGCAAGACAUGACAAAUAUGAGAGACUUGUAAAACUUAGUCGGGAUAUAACUGUAGAAAGUAAAAGGACAAUUUUUCUCCUCCAUAGGAUUACGAGUGCUCCUGACAUGGAAGAAAUACUGACUGAAUCAGAAAUUAAGUUAGAUGCUGUCAGACAAAAGAUACUGCAGGUGGCCCAGGAACUCUCAGGGGAAGACAUGCAUCAGUUCCACAGAGCCAUAACUACAGGACUACAGGAAUAUGUGGAGGCCGUCACUUUUCAACACUUUAUCAAAACACGAUCACUUGUCAGUAUGGAUGAAAUUAAUAAACAACUGAUAUUCACAACGGAAGACAAUGGCAAAGAAAAUAAUACCCCGCCUUCUGAUUCUCAGGAUAAGCAGCUUGGUACUUGGAGACUGAAAAUCACACCUGUUGAUUACCUUCUGGGAGUGGCCGACCUGACUGGAGAGCUGAUGCGCGUGUGUAUCAACAGUGUGGGCAAUGGGGACAUUGACACCCCCUUUGAAGUGAGCCAGUUUCUACGGCAGGUCUAUGACGGGUUUUCAUUCAUUGGCAACACUGGACCUUACGAGGUUUCUAAGAAGCUCUAUACCUUGAAACAAAGUCUGGCCAAAGUGGAGAAUGCUUGUUAUGCCUUGAAAGUCAGAGGUUCAGAAAUUCCAAAACAUAUGCUGGCAGAUGUCUUCUCGGUUAAAACAGAAAUGAUUGAUCAAGAAGACGGCAUUUCUUAGAAUAGCAUCGCUCAGUUAUUCUCCCUGAAAACUCCUCAGAGAGACCAGUUUGUAAGACUGUUACUUAGUAUUUCAUUUGACUGUUGUGGCUUUUACAUAGAAAAUUUUCAGUUGUACUUGUUUUAAAUUAUAUACAAGCUGUACAUAAAAUUAUCAAAAUCAAUCAUUUCUUAUAUCUUACUCAUGGAAGUUUGCAUACGAAUGUUUGCAUAUAUGCCUAUUCAAAUUUUUGUUGGCUAAAUUUCGUCACUUUGUAUAAUGUGAACAAGCUUCAGAGUACACUUUCCGCCAUACUUGUUUUAAUUUACUUUGUGUGAAUUUUGGAAUGGUAAUAGUUAGUGGAAGCCAUUAGUAAUUUAAGUUGGUGAUUUUGUUAUAGAAAAGGUUUCUUAGUUAUCUAUCUGGACUUGAGCUUUUUGUUUAAAUUUCUUGGUAACAUUGUGCCAAGCCUCCAAAAUAGGCUUCUUCCAUAGAAAAGAAUUAAAAAUUACUAAGUUGUCAAUAUACUUUACUUUUAUAAGGCAUUGUAGUGAGAAUUCAUAUUAUAUUCUAGCUAAUUUGAGGUAAUUUUGAAUCCAUAUGAAACAGCCUCCCAGAAAAACUGACAGAUACCCAGCUGUUAGUUUGUACAUUUAACUUUUGUCUUUUAUCACAGCAAGUCUGAUAGAGAAUCGGAGCUACAGUAAUAUUUUCCCUGGUGUUUGAGUUGAAUUAUAUACUUGUACAUACAACUGAAAAGUGUGUAGUAGUGAUUAUUUAGCAAUUUUUCUUUUUUGUCCAUUAUAUUACAUUAGGCAUGUUUGGAGGCUUUCCUAUUCUAGCAUCUAUAAGAAAUUACAUUUAAAUAAUUAUAAUGAAAUUUUGUUGAAAUUUUUGAAAUACUUGUUAAUGCAAACCUUUAUAGUUGUCCAGUUGUGUUCAAUGGUAGUCUAAAAAGUUGCCAAAGAAAAUAUGUACAAUUCAGCAAUAAGACAAUUGUCAACAUGGGAAUAAAUAAUAAGGGUAGUCUCUAGUUACAUUAAGAAUUGGAAUUUACCUACUGAAAUUAGUUAGAGAUGAUUCCCUGUGAUGUGAAACUAACUCGAGCAUGACACAAAUGUCUGGCCAACUACCAGACGUUUCCAUUUGGUUGUGUGAGUUUUGAGACUACAGAUAUUGGAUUUUAUUUUUGCAAAGAUUAGCUGCUCUAUUUGUAAGGGCUGAUUCUUUGAAAGUGUAAUUUCCCUCCCCCCCAAAAAUCACCUAAAGGAAAAUAAAAUAUAGACAUGCCUAAUAAAUUAGGUUCGUUUGUUUGUUCUUGGUGGUGUGAGAUUUUGGUUUCCCUAUUCGAAGAUAACUGCUGAAAAUGUAGUCUUAUUACAUAUUUUUGUUUCUUCUGCCACUUGAAGUUAAAUUUAUGUUAAAAGUGAAAUAAUAAUGGAUUGUUGAAUAUCUUACAGAUGUU